AUGCUGCUCGAUGCUGGAGCGGAUGUCCAUUCAAGAGGUCAAGGAGAAGAUACAGUUCUAUUCAGGGCUGUACAAACAUACGAGGACGUGGUCGAGUUGAUUCUCGCUGCAGGAGGUGACGUCUUGGCUCGCACUGACGAUGGGACAACUGUGCUACAUGGAGCCGCCGCUUGGGGCAGUGCUGCAUCCUCCAGCAACUCAUUGCAAGAGACAGCACUGCACCUAGCCUCAGCUGCAAGUGUUGCAUUUACAAACAUGCGAGUCAAGGUUCUACUUGACCGGGGUGCCGAUCCUAACGCGCCUAAAAUGAAGGGAGAGACGCCGUUGCAUCUGGCAGUUGCUGCAGCCAAGGGACGAGGCGACGUCUCGGUGGCCGCGUAUCUCUUGGAAGCUGGAGCAAACUCCAACGCUGCAACUGAUGCGGGAGAAACACCAUUCCAUGUCGCUGUGAUGAAUGGUUCUCCGACGGAAUUUAGGUUGCUCUUGAAUGCCGGAGCUGAUGUCUCGGCUAAGAGACAUGACGGCAAGACCCCAUUAUUGUUAGUACGGGAAAAGAGAACAGAAGCAAGGGCAUAUUACAUCGAGGUCUUCCAGAGCCUUGUGACGAAUACUUUUCUCGGAUGGAUGAAGUGGUUGUGGGCCGAGGAGACUGAGUAUCACAGCGGUGGCGACAUGCCAGCAACUCGCUGGGAUGCUUGA